AUGGGCAAGAAGAGCAUUUCAAACAGUCAGUUCCAGGACUCCUCAAAGCCUCCCAGGAAUACUUUGGGCGAAUCAGGCAGUUCAGAGGAUUUGAGGGAGCUGAUCACUCAGGAGGUGCUCAAAGUUGCUCUUCAGGCUCAGCUUGAAGAUCCAAAGAGGACACAAGAUGUUUAUAAUCAGAGGAAAGUAAAUAAAGACGACAUUGUGAUUCUUGAUUCCUUGAAUUAUAUUAAAGGCUACAGAUAUGAGCUGUUCUGUCUUAUCAAACAUACACAAACACCCCAUUGCUUGGUGUACUGUUUGACGUCAACUGACGUGAGCUCAGAAUGGAAUAAAGGCAGAGAGGCUGAUUCUCGGUACACACAGGAAAUUCUGGAUGCGCUAAUACUGCGUUUUGAAGCCCCUGAUUCAAGGAAUAGAUGGGAUAGUCCACUCUUUACUAUUCAGCAAGGGGACUCGCUUCCAUUUGAAGCCAUCUGCGAUGCGCUUUUCAAACGAAAAGCACCACCACCUAAUCAGUCCACGAAGAACCAACCGCUCUCAUCCACAAACUUUCUGUACGAGUUGGACAAAGUUACUCAGGAUGUCCUAAUGGCUGUUCUUGAGUCACAGAAGACCAGCGUCCCUGGAGAUCUCAUUUCCAUUUCUGGAGCCACGGAAAAGAUUGAAUUCACAAGAAGUCUUAACAUGGUGGAGUUGAGGAAACUCAGACGUCAGUUCAUCAGUUACACCAAGAUGCAUCCGACAGAGAACAUUGGACAGAUUGCCAAUAUGUUUGUGCAGUAUCUUAAUAAGAGUAUGCACUAACAGGUGAUGUUUCUUAUUAGUGUUUGUCAUUCUUAAAGUCAUAUUUAUUGUUUUCAAGUUUCAAGCAUUUUAACAAUGUUUUGAGUGCAAUAAAAUUUGUCUUUCUAUGUUC